UAUAUCGGCCGUCAUUUGCCGCAGUAAAGAUAAAAACGCAAACGCUGCAGCAUUCGUGAUACAUUCGUGAGUUAAUUGCAAUUAAAAUUAUGUCACAGAGCUGAUAUUUGCUACAACAAAAUAUACAACAUCAACUGCAAGCCGAAGGAACGCUGGAGUUCGUUUUGAUUCAUUUACAUAGACGUUUCAAAAUCAGUAGAAAAGUGCACAACAAACACAAAACGACUUUCAAUAAAUCGUCUCUAGCCACCGCAAGUUCUUCCCAUGGAUCGCAGCUUGGAUUCCAUUGGCAGCUGUUCACUCGAUGUUGAUGCUGAUUCAUCCGAUAUAUCAGACACCAGCGGCAGCUUGAACUUUCCAACGCCAAUAUCCGUGAAGGACAUAACGCGCGAGUUUACGGCAAAUAUACGGGAACGCUGCACUCUGCGCUCACCGCUGCAGCCGCAGCCGCAGCGUACGAUAACCACAACCACCGCCCACAUCAAUCUGGAUCCGCAGACGGGCGGCGUGGUGCGCAUGGUGCUGUCACCGCCGGCGAGCGACGUAGUCGAUGACUCCCAGGCCGAGCAUACGAAGAACAUCAGCAGCCAGAGUGACGGCGGUAACAGCCUUGUCGUCGUGGAUGUUGUGGAGAAGAAGCCAAGCUAUUUAAAUUUGGCCUGCUGCGUCAACGGCUAUUCGAAUCUGACCACCUACGACUCAAAGAUACGCCAGGACAUUAACAAAUCCCGUGAGGUUUCACCCAUACGCCCCUCGACCAGCAGUCUGCAAUAUUGCAAGCGGAAUAAUUCGCUGGCGGCACCAGUGUUGCACACAAUGCCGCUCACCACGCAGCCGGCAACGGCCAUGUCCAACAAAUACACAACGAUUAUCAACGAGACAAACAACAAUAACAACAACAACAACUCCAGCAAGAAUGGUCUGGAGAAUGGUGAUCAUACCUAUUUCAAUGGUAACGGUGCCGGUAAAUCUUAUGGUGCAACAACGAGCAGCUUCAUACAGCAGCGCGUUGAGCGUCUCUAUGGACCCGGUGCUCUAGCCCAAGGCUUCUAUAGUCCAAAAAAGCAUAACUCCAGUUCCAGCCAGUCGCCUGUUGCUAUCCGGCAGAAGCAGCAGGAUCAGCUCCAAACGUCACCACAGGGCUCGGAGUUGUCGCGCAAAUUCAAGCAGCUAUCGCCCAGCAAGGAUUAUGGGGAAUUUCGGAAGAAACUGCAAAAUAAUUGCACGGCCCGCUCCCAAGAGGAGCAGCCCACAACUGUCCACAAUGGGGAUGUGGAUUUGCCAGUGUUCCGGCAUCUGAGUCAUGAGUUUCGCGCACAGCUGCCAACGGUGUCCCCCAAGCGAAAUGUGCCGCGCCUUUCGCCGGCACCCGAGGUAGUGUUGCCGCCCACCAAUGGCAGCCUGGAUGUUGUGGAUCAUGAACCACUGUGCACGGAAGAGUACAUGGGCACCACCAAGAUUUCAGCUAUGGAGGAAGUGGCAGCUAAAGCUACCACUCCCGAGACAACAGUCAGUGCUGCUGCAAUCGUGACGAAGGAUGGCAAUUAUUUUCUGAAAAUAUUGAAAGACGAACAGGUUCGUCUGUUCGCGCUGGCCGCCGUAGCGGAUAAGUAUAUUGAUGCCUUGAGUAGCAAUCCCGAUAUCACGGAGGACACUUUCGGUCUAUUGCGCUCAGCCUCGGGCAAGGCGCGUCUGCUUGCCUCGCAGAAAAUUAAACAGUUUGAGGGUCUUUGUCACAACAAUUUGAAUCGGUCGCCGGAAGAUGCGUUCCCCACCACAGUCGAUGAUUUGCAGGGCUUUUGGGAUAUGGUUUAUUUGCAGGUGACGCAUGUCGAUUCCAUAUUUGCAGAUAUCGAGCAAUUGAAGAGCAACGGUUGGCACCGCAUUAUCGAGCCACAAACCAAGGCUGAGACACCAACAAUAAAAACACAAAAAGCUGGUAAUCUGAAAACGAAAACAGCUGGCAGCAGCGCGACCAGUGCAAAGAGCUCCAAAAUAGCCGCAUCCAAUUCGGUGGCAGCAAUGAAACGCGAGGCGCAGCGACAACAGUUGCUGGAAAUGAAACGCAAACGCCGUGAGGCAUUAGCCACCGUUGCCAAACAAACAGCCUGUGAUGGUGAUAUAAAUGUGGAUGGGGGGGAUUUCGCUGUCGAGCCGCAAGCAACAAUCGGUGAUAGUGUUAAUAAUGCCGUUAAGAACAGCAGCUGAAUCGUGCUGUCGGCAUUUGGCUGCAACAAGCAAUACAACAAAUCAUGCUCUCUAGUUAUAUAUGUUAAAUUAACUCACUCACUCACACAGUCACACAUACAUAUAUAUACUCAACACACACUUAAUACACUCAUUCACACGCUAACAUAAAAGAAAACGAACCACGACAACAAGAAAAAAAGAAUAAAAAAUACUUAGAAAUUCCUAGUUGAAUUAAUCCUUAACUAGUCCCCAACUAAAAAAUAUUUAUAUAUUCACACGGUGUGGAGCUUUUAAUAUAUUGCAUAAUAAUCAAAUUGAAAACGUGUCACAAGUUGUCACAAACAACAACUGCAAGCAGAAAAAGAAUCGGAUCUUGCUCAUCGAUACAAAUAAACAAAAUUCAAAUCAAACAAAUGAAAUAUAGAAAAGAAAAAACAAACAAAUCUACAUGCAUACAUAUAGAGUUAUUAUCGUUAACGCGGCUCGUCGUAAAUUGUUUAUAAAGUUUGCCUUAUCUACGUGUUUUUUGCUCGUUAAAUCAUUUUGCUGUGCACCCAAAAAAAGAAAAAGAGAACAAUUUGUUUGUAAUUUUUUACAUGCGUUUUGCUUUUACAAAAUGCGACAUUUAUAAAAGACAUUUAUUUUUGUGUAAUUGUAUUAGCUACUUAAGUGCGACAAACAAAAAACACCAAUAAAAAUUUAAAAAAAAAAGUAACUAUAAAAUAUAACUAAAAUAAAUAUAAAAAUAAAGAAACCUUUUG